UGACGACAGGGGGACAGUCGCGACCUUGAUUGAUUGGUAGGUCGGUGAUUGAUGCUCUAAAAAAUAUAUCUCCUGUUUGCUUACAUUGCACGUGAUAUAAUUGAUAUAAUUGUCCAAGUUCGAAGGGAAAAGCACUUCGUAUUUCUGAAGUUUUAUUUACAGACUGAAAAUGGGGGAACGCUAUAAUAUUCACAGUCAGCUGGAGCAUCUCCAGUCCAAAUACAUUGGUACAGGUCAUGCAGACACAACAAAAUUCGAGUGGUUGGUAAAUCAGCACAGGGACUCCUGCAGCUCCUACAUGGGGCAUUACGACCUCUUGAAUUUCUUCGCGAUUGCUGAGAAUGAGACGAAAGCCAGGGUCAGGUUCAACCUCAUGGAGAAGAUGCUACAGCCCUGUGGGCCGCCUCCAGAGAAGCCCGAGGAUUAAUUUAACAAAUACAAUUUUCUUACAACACUAAGACAGUAGUAGAGUAAUUGACUUAAAGGAGAAGAGAAAUAAGGGCUGGGAGGGGGAGGGUAAUAAAGUUGAAUGUUCCUUUUGCACGUAAAAAAACUAGUUUAUUCCCCUUUUACUUCAUUUUCCUUUUCUUUUUCUUUCUCUUUCAGUGUUCGAAUAACAGAUUUCACUAAUCUUUGCUGCAAAACAAGAGAAAUCUCUUUAGAUGCGGCAGUUAGAGUUUCUAGAACCGGUGAUAUCGAGGAUACAUCAAUGUCUCCAACAAAGUACAAUUCAGCGACUUGAUCGUGUUGAGGUAGACAAGCUUGCAUUAUUAUUCCAUGAUUUUCUGAUUUAUCGUUUUGGGUCGGAGCUGUGGUGCACAGGGCUUCCUCUUCGGUCGUUGGGUCCAGGAAUAUUGUGUCUGAAUAAAUUCCCUGAAAAAAAAACAUUACCCUGACAAUCGUAAUCUAACUGAGUGACAAAAUCAUUUUUGCUGAAUAUUUAUUUACUUGAGUUUUUUGUGCAAAAUGAGAAUGACUAUGCACAGAACAAAAUUAUGAAAUUGAACUUGGAAACAAAUAAAUAAAUAAUUACCGCAGAAACAGCUGCUACAAGUCCAAACAUUGGAAUGCUAGCGUUCGCCAGGGCUAGACUGGCUGCAGUUAUCGCAGCAGGUAGACAUGAGCCUCCAUUAUCCAACACUAAGGCGUAGAUGUCCACUUGGAAGUUUGGAAAUUCAUGCUGAAAAUUGUUUCCCAUAUUACUGAUUAAAAGGACGUGACCAAUAUGUUUAAAAAAUUGAAAGCAUUGAAAAUUAUAUUUUUACCCUGCAAACAGCAGGCUCCAAUGCUCUCUGCAUAAUUAGACUGUACUCUUUCUCUUCUGCGUCCUGUUGAUGGAUUUUUCUCUUCCUACAUGAGAAGGAUGCGAAUUUGAAUUCACAGUAGAGAUUCCCGUGGAGACUGUAGCCUAGUUUAUUCGGAAUUUCUCGUGGAUCGAAGACUGAGCAGACCACUUUGGUGGUGCCUACUUCGAUGUAGGCUGAG